AUGGCUGGGCAUUCUCUGAACCUUUCUGGGAUGUCCCCGCAGCUGCUAGUGGCUCUCGCCUGCCUGCUUCUGACUUGUGGUGCACUGAGAGAACAGGUACCCCUCAAUGAAAACGUGUCCCACGGGGAGCUCUAUCUGCCUCCUUGGGGAGCGCUCGAUGGUGGCAGUCACCAGAACCCCGGUAUUCUGAUCACCAACCCUGGGUUCCAAGUGCCACAGGGCCGCUCGGUUUGGCUCGACCCACUGCGGGAUCUGAUGAUUCAAGUGCAGCCAGGCGACCAGUGCGAGGUGACAGUGCUGGACAUCCCACGGCUCCAAGGAGCGCUCUCCCCGCGCCAAUUUCCCUGUGAUUUCGGGGCCCGCCAGGUCAAAUACAUUCACUUCGGCUCGCCCACCGCCACAAGAACCCGGAUACAGCUGCAGCUGCGCUACGAGGCAGGGAAUUCCACGCUGGUGCUGCCCUUUACUCUGCAAGUGAACGUAGUCUUCCCCAAGCUUCAGUUGGUAACGUGCAACAGGCCGUUGAAAGUGUUCAGACUGCUAGGCUGCAGCCAGGCCAUUGACCGGAGAGUGCUAAACUUCACCUCCAGCAGCAGGUGCAGGCUCACUUUGCUUCCUCACCCUGGCGGACCACUCCCCAAGUAUGGGCACUUGGUGGAUGCCGCUGGGACCCCUCUCUCCAGGGGCCAUAUGGCGGACUGUGAGACUUUUAUCCAGGCUGGGGUGCGCUACCAGCAUACUGCCACGCCAUCCUCACCCACCAGGGACUAUGUGCCCAUGCUGGUGGAGCUGCUAGGGCCAGAGUCUCGAGAUACUAGGUCAGCAAAGGUGCUGGCCCAGGAGUACUGCCAGCUUCAGGUCAGACUCCAGAAGGGAGCCAGGAGCACAGCGCCGAGACCCAGUUUCGCGGCUCCAAUGAUGGUGGAAGUUGAACAGUUCCUACUGACAGCCCUGACCCCUGAUGCGCUGGCUGCAGAAGACGGCGAGUCAGACCCUGACGACCUAGUCUUCAAAAUUCUCAAUGCCCCUGAGGCUCCACCCGGACACCAUGGUCGACAGGGUUCUGUGGUGAACACAGAUGACCCUCUGGGCCUUCCAGUCUCUUUCUUUACCCAGAAAGAGUUGAGAGAGCUGAAAAUUGCCUAUCGACCCCCAACAGGGAGCUCAGAAGGGGACCUCAUCUUUCAGCUGGUACUGCAAGUGGAGGAUGAGGAUGGUGACACCUCUGAGCCUUUUGUCUUCAUGGUGGUGGUGAAGUCUUUGAAUGCUCUGGCUCCAGCAGCUCGCUACAGUGCAGGACUUGCCGUUUAUGAAGGCCAGGCAAGGCCCUUGUCCGAUGCCCAAAACUUUCAGGUCAGUGAUAAUUCCAAAGAAAUAAGAAUUGCUGCAGUCAGAGGUUUGCAACACGGGCAGCUGGUGGUGCGUGGGGCACCAGUUGAGUGCAAGUGUUUCACACCAGCAGACCUAAGUGCAGGGCGAGUGGUGUACCAGCACGACGGCAGUGACUCUUACAGUGACAACGUCAUCCUCGAGAUGGAGGAUGGGCACCACCAGGUGGACUUCCUCUUCCCCAUCACCAUAGUGCCUGUAGACGAUGAGGCACCAGUACUCACCACCAACACGGGGCUCUCAGUGACUGAAGGGCAAGCCAUCCCGAUAUCCCCCUUUGUCUUAUGUGCCACCGAUAUCGACUCCGAGGACUCAGCUAUCCUCUUUGUGCUGGAAGACCAACACCCGGAAGGAAAAGAGAAAAAGAGGGGUGAGGCUCUGACCCCCGGUUUCUACAGCUCAAACCAGUACACAGGCAAGAUGCUGCUGAGGCAGGCUGAAGCCCCUUCGUCCCUUCUGCGCAGUGACUGGUACUAUGUGGAAAAGGAGGGCCUUUAUGAGAAGGCAGUGACUGAGUGGCUACAGAGAGAUAUAACGGAGGGGAGACUUUUCUUCUUCUACCUAGGACCACACAGCCCAUCGACAGUGGCCCGUCUGGCUUUCCGUGUGCAGGAUGACCAUGACCCACCAAAUCUCUCCAACCAGCACCUCCUGACCAUCAGCAUCCAGCCAGCAGAGAAGCAGAGUCCUCAGCUAUCUCCAGAAACUACCCUAGAAAUGACUGUGCAAGGAUACCAGCUCACUCCCUUCCAGAAGAAAUUCCUCCAGUACAUUGGCCAGAACUCAGAUGACCAGAACCUGUCGUAUACUCUCCUGACAGGACCAACAGAUAUGGACAGCAACCACCAAGUGCCGGCUGGAGAAAUCGUGCUCACCGAUUCACCAAAUAGACCCAUCGUUCAUUUUACCCAAGCCCAGGUCAAUCAUCAAAAAAUUGCUUAUCGGCCCCCACCGAGGAAUCUAGGUAUCGUACCUCGAGUUGUACAAUUCACCUACAAGGUAGAAGACAUUGCAGGUAGCAGUGUACCUGGGACAUUCACACUAUUCCUGCAGCCUUUGAACAGUCAGCCACCAAAAGUCAUCACUAGAGGCUUUGCUGUCUUAGAGGGACAUAGCUUUAUUCUUGGCAGAGGCGAACUCAAUGUUUCAGACCCUGACACCAAUGUUGAUCAACUUUUCUUCGUUUUAGUUUGGGGUCCCCAGCACGGACACUUGCAGUACUUUAAAAAGUAUAUGGUUCCAGGUGAAUCGUUUAUGCUAGCCGAUGUUGUCAAUGGGAAUAUCUCUUACCAGCACAGCAGAGACCAGACUACCAGUGACGUCAUCUACCUAGAGGUAAGUGAUGGAGUACACCACAUACCCAUCACUGUCCAGGUUUCCGUGCUGCCCACUGUGGCUAAAAGAAGUCCCGGGGUCUCUUUCACAGAUACUCGAGUACUGGCUAUUUCUCUAGAUGUGCUUGAAAAUGCAGCUUCUGAGGUCACUGUGGGUGUUACCCAUGGCGGAAAGGAUCUGAUGCUAUCCUUCAUUGUGGAGGACAAGCCUAAACUGGGCAUCAUUCUGGUGAAUGGUUUGCCAGCAGAACGAGUCACCCAGGAGGACCUCCUUGGUGGGGCAGUAAGCUAUGCUCACACUGGAGGUGAAAUCGGCUUCCGAGGGGUGUGCGACGUUUUCAGCUUCAUCCUCUCCACAGAUGCCCGUCACCCGACCGUGGGAGACAACACACCAGAGAGGGUGCUGGUGGAAGUGACAGUGCUGCCCGUGGACAACACGGCCCCCAAGGUCUCGGUAGGAGAGCCCUUCGUUGUAUAUGAAGGUGAGAAGAACCCCUUGACCCCACAACAUGUCAACAUUGAAGACGUGGACACUUCCGAAGAUGAAAUCCUUUGCACACUGACUGCGCAGACAUCCUCUGGCUACCUGGAAAACUUGGCACCAGCUCCUGGUUCAGAAGUGUCACAGGCUGGCAGCCCCAUCAGUGCCUUCUUCAUCAAGGACGUCCGAGUGGGGCGUAUCAAUUACGUACAGAGUAUCCACAAGGGAGUAGAACCAGGAACAGAUCACUUCACCUUCUAUUGCUCCGACGGCGUCAACUUCUCCCCGAAUGUCCUCCUCCCUCUAACCAUCUUGCCCACCAAUGAUGAGCAGCCUGAACUUUUCACCCAGGAGUUUGUGGUAUUAGAGGGGAUGAGCCGGGUCAUAGACACCUCACUGCUCAAUGGGGUAGAUGCUGACUUCCCACCAGAGAAGCUGCACUUCCGACUCACGGUCCUGCCCCAGCACGGACGGAUCCUACAGCAGCUGGCCACAGGCAGCAAGCCCAUCCACAGCUUUACCUUGCAGGAGAUCCAAGAGCCCUCUUCCAUUGUCUAUGAACACGAUGACUCACAGAGCACGGAGGACAGCUUUGAGGUCUGGCUGAGUGACGGCAGGCACAGCGCUCACAAAAAGGUGCCCGUUGUUGUCAUUUUGGUGGAUGAUGAGGCUCCCCAGUUGGCCAUCAAUGAUGGGCUGGAAGUAGAAACUGGACACUCGGAGAUCAUCACAAAUCGCAUGCUCAAAGCCACAGAUCCUGACUCAGAUAACAAGAGUCUCAGUUUUGUUCUCCACUCUGAGCUUCAGCAGGGGCUUCUGCAACGACUGAAGAAGCCAGGAGGAGACGUGAGGAGCAACCUCACCGUGGGAAUGAACUUCACCCAGGAUGAAAUUGACAGAGACCUUAUCUGUUAUACCCACACAGGCCAGGGAGAAGCUGUUGACCUUCUCAAAUUUGAUGUGACUGAUGGGGUUAACCCUUUGAGGGACCACUAUUUCUAUAUCACCAUUAGCAACUCAAACAGUAUCAUCCCUGAGGUAGUCAGCAAAAGGGUCACCUUGACAGAAGGUAGCAGAGUGACCCUCACCACUGAACUGUUUAACACCAGUGCCAUCCACAGCCCUGGUGAACAACUUCAGUACUGCAUCAAACGAGCUCCUAGGACAGGCCACUUGGAAAGCUCUGACCAGCCCGGGGAACCCAUAGCUUCUUUUACGCAGCUUCACCUGGCCAGCAACAAGAUAUCCUAUGUCUGUAUUUCAAAAGAUGAAAGGAAGAUGGAUCACUUUGAGCUUAGAGUGACUGGGGGACACAGCUCUGUGUCCAGAGUCUUCAGGCUGUUCGUCACAGAUCAAGACAACAAGAAACCUACCUUGACCAUCCAAACACUAGUCCUGCAAAGAGGGGACAGCAUAGUGGUCACUCCUUCUCAGUUGACAGUGGAGGAUGAGGACACUCCAGCUGAUUUUAUUCUUUUUACCAUCACACAGGUGCCCAUCCAUGGCAGGAUUUUGUAUAAUGGUAGCCAUCCUGUGACCACUUUCACCAAGAAGGACCUGACAGAGAAUGUGAUUCUCUAUCGUCACGAUGGCAGUGAGACAACCAAAGACAGUUUCUCCUUCACCGUGACAGAUGGCAUCCACGCAGGCUUCUAUGUCUUCCCAGACACUGCCCUGGAGACACAUGUGCCUCAGAUGGUGCAGAUCCAGAUAAGCCCCCUUAUCGACAGGCUCCCACAGAUUACUAUCAACAGGGGAGCCAGGGCCUUGACGAUCCUUCACACUGGACACGUGGGUUUCCUCAUUACCAGCAAGUAUUUACAAGCGACCCAUCAGGAUGCUCCCCACAGACUCCUAACCUAUAAAGUGACCAGUGGACCAGAGCAUGGCUACAUUGUCAAUGCUGGCCUUGGAGAUGAGAGCACGCACACCUUCACACAAGCCGACAUUGAUGAGAUGCAGAUCUACUACAUCCUGAACAAGGACCACGGCAGCGCGACAAGAGAUACCUUCUACUUCUCUGUUGGAACCAGUGGAGGAAGCCAGUUAAGAAAUCAACCUUUCCAUCUGAAGUGGGCUUGGAUUUCUUUGGAAAAAGAGUACUACAUUGUGGAUGAAGACUCCCCAUUCUUCGAAGUGACCCUCACACGCAGGGGAUACCUUGGAGGCACAUCUGUCAUUAGCAUUGGAACCAAAGGAGACACUGCCGAAGAAAAUAAGGAUUUUAAAGGAAAGGCUCCUACACGGGUCCAGUUCAAUCCGGGCCAGUCUACAGCCACAUGGAACGUGGGACUUAUACCCGACACCAAGUAUGAGACCUCAGAAACGUUCCAGAUCGUUCUCUCUGAACCUGACAUGGCUGCACUGGAGUUUCCAGAGAUGGCAACGGUUGAAAUUGUAGAUCCUGAAGAUGAAUCAACAGUUUACAUUCCGGAGGCAGAGUACAAACUGGCAGAGGCUGUUGGGGAGUUUCUGGUCCCUGUAAGAAGAUCUGGAGACAUUAGCCAGGAGCUCACAGUCAUCUGCUCUACUCGUCCAGGUUCUGCCGCUGGCACAAUUCCUUCCAUGGAGCUAUCUCUGUCUGAUUACAUCUCAAGACCAGAAGAUAAUAGGAGCAGGCUCCACUUUGAGAAGGAGGAGCGCGAGAAGACCUGCCAGGUCCUGAUUAUCAACGACUCCCUUUACGAAGAGGAGGAGUCCUUCAGCAUUGCCCUGAGCCUGCCCAUGGGAGGGCGGCUGGGAGCCCGAUUCCCCACUGCCAGGGUAACCAUCCUGGCUGACAGAGAGGACGAGCCCGCUCUGCACUUUGAAUACUCCGAGUACCACGUUGAGGAAAGUGCUGGCUCUGUGGAGGUAGCCAUCUGGAGAAGAGGCACUGACCUUUCGCUAGCGUCUUCUGUUGUCCUGCGCUCUAGGAGGACAGAGCAACAGGCAGCAGAAGCGGGAACAGACUAUAUUGGUGUCAGCCAAAAUCUGCACUUUCGCCCGGGAGUGAGUGUGCAGAGACUCCGAGUGACAAUUCUUGAUGACCUCCCACAGCCUGCCUUUGAGGGUCCAGAGAUGUUUGAAUUGCUUCUCCAGAUGCCUACAGGUGCAGUGCUUGGAGAACCAAAUAAAACCACUGUUACCAUCGAUGACAGCACCACCAACUGUGAAGAGGAGUGUGUGUAGUCCCUUGGACUAAAUGAGACCUUGAAUUGGGGAACAGUAUCCUAGAUGUUUCCCAACACAAACUAAAGAUACGGCAUUCCAGAGCUUAGUAACUCCGCUGUAACAAUAUUACCCUAUGGUGUUUUGUGAAUAGUCUGACUGCAUGGACACAGAAAUAUCUAUACAGAGGAUUGAGCCAAUAAAAAAGGAAACUUUGUUUCACUUGUUUUUAGACCAACAA